CAUAGGCACUGUAGCCCUCUAUGUUAAUAUAGUUGCAUUCAAUGUUAGCAUUAACCUCCCUCUAUUCUUUAGCUCUCCGCUCUUACAGAGGCCAAGCAUGUACAAAUCUCGCAGCCCCGAAACCCAUACCUAUAUCACGCUCCUGGCCAUUAUCAAAAGCCCACCUUAGAUGCAGAAUAACCACAGCAUCAUUUGCCUCCUCCAUCGCAGCAGACCCUAAAAUGUACACCGGUCAGUCUGGCCGCAAAUAUGAAGUUGGACGAGUACUUCAGGAAGAAGCAUCCCCCAUACGACAAGUCUAUCUUGCUAACUCUGGGGAUCAAAACUUCAUACUGAAAUACAUCCACCCAGUGAACUACCAGGAUCUCGAAGACAUAAACAGCAAGCUACGCAACAGUGCUAAGCACGUCCGUCUCUCCCAAGACACCAUCCCCGAGAAAUCAAUGUUUGUAUUUGAUUACUUCAAAGACCAUCUUCUGUGCCUUGCUCAGAAAGACCUCCCCCUCGACAUCACAAAGAGGAUUCUCAAAGAUGCUCUGCGUGGACUCGCAGACCUCCACGAUCAAGAUAUUGUCCAUACGGACAUCAAAGCCGAUAAUAUCUUCAUCGACUGGGAUGAACACCAAGCAGGGAUUACCAUUCAUAACGUCCAACUCGGAGAUCUCGAAGAUGCCGCGCAUAUCCCUCCCGGGUCACAUAUGAUUGGUAAACAGGCGGGUAACUGGAUGUGGAGGAGCCCCGAGGCUCAUGCAUCCGGACCCCUGAAUAAACCAUCUGAUAUAUUUUCGUUUGCUCUUGUCUGUAUCUACGCUGUGCAUAAACGCGUCAUUUUUGCCGUUGGGGAUGAGGAAUUAGAAGAGGGCGUGAUCCCAUUAGCAAUUGUCAUUGAGCGCCAGAUCUCGUACUUUGCAGAUGCGGAUGGGAUAGACGCUUUUCUGAAACAUCUGGGCGAUGAUAAUCCCUGGGUUCGCAUUUUUGAGGUAGUUCGUGAUGGUUUCGGGAAAGAUAAUCCGCGCAGGCCUUUUUCUCUGUGGAAGGGGGUGGAUGAAGACGUUAAGGAUCUCAUUUGUGCCAUGACGAGUUUUGAUCCGGAGAAACGGAUUACUGCUCGUGAAGCAUUGGCUCAUAAGUGGUUUGAGGGUGUUUAGGUGGACGGGGAAAUAACGUCGGAUUGUAGUAUAACUCGGUAGAUGAAUCUCCU